CUUAUAAGGUUAUUUCAGACUGGUUUGAUGAACUUUUACCGGUGGGGAAGAUGAACAGUGGACGGGUUCAUGUGGCCGAAUUGCGAAGCUACGAUGGUCUGUGUCCUUUGAUCUGUAACGUUACAGUGAUACCAGUUGUUGCUGGGACGGCAUAAGUGAAUAACGCAAAACGAUACUCAUAAUCAAGAUGAAUUAUUUCCCCCUCGUUUAGCAAAGUGUACGUGAUGGCGAAUGCCGUAACUAGCCAGUAAUGCGAUCAAGAGCUGUAUUAGUGUGUGUCCAGCUAUGACGGUUCAAGUUUUGGUGUGCCCUCCGAGUAAGAUUAAUCAGGUGCAAUAGGCAUCACUGCAUGCCAAAUGCAUUACUUACGUAUUUCAUUUUGGAUGGCCCACAACAAAAAGUGAAAGGUGAAGAAACGAAGACUACUAUAAACUCGGUUUCAGCAUAAUAGACGAAACGCAGAUGUCCUGAACCCAGUCAGUCAGAGCUGGCCCCCCCUCCCUUCCCCCAGUACCUCCACACUUUUGGUGAAAUGGCCUCGACCCACGACGCCGCUGCAGCCUCAACGUUCUUCUGAGACGACCUCUGGGCUGCCCUCAGUACAGGCCCAGCAAUGGCCCCCUGGCCCCAGCGGAGAGUGUCGCUCUCUGGCCUGCUGACCCUGGGUCUGGUCCUGCUGGUCAGUGGAGCUGCUGAUGCCCAAGCAGGAAACACCACCAUUCAGCCCAGCACCACAAAAAACUCCACCACCAGCUCACCGGGGCCCAACAUUCCGGCCAUCGUGGCCCCCACGGUGAUCCUGGGCCUGCUGCUGCUGGCGGGCGUGGCCGUGGCGGUGGUGCUACGCGUGAAGAAGAGGAGGCAGACGGAGGGGACGUACCGGCCCAGCAGCGAGGAGCAGACGGGCGCACGCAGCGUCCAGGCACCGGACGCCCUCAAACUGCCCAAGGAGGAGCGCCUCAUCUGACCCCCGACCCCUGACCCUUGACCCCUCCUUCACUCGCACAACACACACUUCUGUGAUGGACCCUCAAGUCUACACCCCUCCCACAACCCUAAAAAAAAAAAAAAAGAUCCAACCCUAUCAUGUCUCUGCUGCUGACAGGACGGACUGACAAACCCCCAAACGCAAAGCCCUGGAGCUUGCUGGGGCCCAGAGAGGGAGGUCCACCUUUUCCGAAAAACAGCUCUGAGAACAGGCUGGAGUCCCCGCACUGGUGUGGUUCACACAGGAGUCCGGGGCCACACACAGACACUGGGACAGGAGAAAGGGUGCUGUGCUAUACUGCUGCUUUCUGGAUCACUAUAGCUCCACACGCUGUUUAAUUUCAAGUACUUACACUGCAAGAUACUUCUCCUAAUGCUCAAUUAAUAUAUGCUACUGCAUUAUGAGGUCUAGAGUUUAUGUCGACUACUAAUGAUUUUGUAUUUGCGGAAUAAUUAUGCUAUUAUCAGGCAUACAGUGUGGGAUAUGUCUUCCAUUUCAAAUCAUUUAGAUUUAGAUGUGAACCACUAUUUAUACUCUUGCAGCUUACCACUCAACAUUUUCUAAUACAGAUGAUAGACUACUGAACAAAUACCUGAUCAUGUGACGCAAGUCAACAUUCACCAAUACAGGUGAUUCACUACUGAACAUUUACUGCACCUGUACAGGUGACAUACGAUUGAAUUUGAACCUGUACAUGAAAUGGUCAAAUGAACAUUUACCUGCACAGCCUAAUUCAUGUUAAUCUGACCAGGAUAUAUUGUUCUGUACGUGCUGAAGGUCACUGUCCAAUUAAUAUUUACCUGAGCAGGAGACAAAGCAUUAAACUGUCCAGGUGAAAGUAUGCUGCCUUGAUCUUCAGUACAGUUUACUUCUGCCAGUCUUGAUAUAGUGUGAAUGGUUUGGUUUAACAGAAUAUUUCAUGUCCUUAAAAACAAAUACGGCAAGGAUGUAACGAUAAUGAAAUUGUAAAUAAUCUUAAAGCACCAAAAAUUGUUGUUUACACUAUUUUACAAUUAAUAUUAUAAUGUAUUGUGAUUUACAAAGCUUUCUCAAAUGGUAACACUGGAUUUAAUAUCAUUUUUUAAAUGAAAUUUAUGUUAUUGUUUUACCACUUUAUUUGUGUGCAAUGACUAGGUCCUCAUUACAUUCCUUGUGCUGGUAAUAACCUCACUGAGCGGAACUGAGACAGGCAUAUGCUCUCUCUCUCUCACACACACAUGCACACACACGGCUUAGUAUUACAGGAUAAAUUCCUUGGGGGAGUGUGUGUGCGCAGGGAUAGAUUAAAGUAUUGUGAGUGUGUCCUUUCUGUACCGGAGGUGGAAAGCCAGUGAAAUAAACAGCAGCACAAAAUAAAUGUUGCAAAUGGC